ACUGUUAGAAAAUAAAGAAAAAAGAAUUGCGGUGAACAGUGGGCAAGAUCAACCAUCACGAGCUGCAGAAGGUUUGUUUUGGUGGCGAGCGAAAGUAUCGAACGUCAAUGCUGAUCAGCGCGCGACCGACCAGGUUUACAUUUCUGAGGAGUCUAUGUGCCUAUCAGUCUCGCUAAAGGGAGUAUGUAUCUCCAGUACCCUACUGAGAAAACGCCUGUUAACAUAUCUUGUCACCAUGGAUGAACGGAAGGUAACGAGAGCAUUUCAAGCGGAAUUCCAGAACUUCGACAGAAAGGUGAUUUUGGAUCGACUUCUUUGACUUGGAUGUGGAUUUCUGUUUUUGGUGCCGUCGCGCUGUUUGGUGUCGGACAAGUAUCAAGUCAUUUCUUUGCGCGGGAACAAUUUAUGGAUAGCCGGUACUAGACAACACGGUCAGUGUCGCUGGUGUUGGAAGUAAGUGAGUCAUGCUACAGGGGGGGAAAAAACUACGGAAUUGACACGGAUACACAUCUGAGAGGGGUACAUUUCUAGUGCAGGAACGGGCAGGUGCGCAUUGGAAUCGGCGACUGCGCGAAGAGACUGGGGUUGUGGACAAGAACGGUAGCCUACCCGUCUGAGGAGAGCGCGUGUCAUGCGGACUCGGAUGUCGCGCGCUAGAAGGCAUUAAAACCUGUAGACAGGAGGUGAAAGAUUCGCGGAUAUGGGUUCUGGCAUGCGGCGUCGCUGGCUGAUGGUGCCACUGCUCAUGCAGGUGUGGCUGGCAGCAACCCCGUCCUUCAGCGAGCGACCGUGCCCCAAGAGCUGCCGCUGCGAUGGGAAAAUUGUCUACUGUGAGUCCAGCGCCUUCCGCGAUGUCCCCAAGAACCUGUCCGGGGGCUGCCAGGGACUCUCCCUCCGCUACAACAGCCUGGCCAGCCUGCGAGCCGGCCAGUUCGUAGGCCUCAACCAGCUCAUCUGGCUCUACCUGGACCACAACUACAUAGCCUCCGUCGACGGCCUCGCCUUCCAGGGCGUACGUAGACUCAAGGAGCUGAUCUUGAGCUCCAACAAGAUCACGUCACUCCACAACACCACCUUCCACCCGGUCCCCAACCUCAGGAAUCUGGACCUGUCCUACAACAAGCUCCUGGCCUUGAAGACGGGCCAGUUCCAGGGCCUACGCAAGCUGCUAAGCCUGCACAUGCGCUCCAACUCCCUAAAGAGCAUACCGGUUCGUCUCUUCCAGGACUGCAGGAACCUGGAGUUCCUGGAUCUGGGCUACAACCGUCUCCGCAGUAUCACCCGCAACGCCUUCUCAGGUCUGCUCAAGCUCACCGAGCUGCACCUGGAGCACAACCAGUUCUCCAAGAUCAACUUCUCGCACUUCCCGCGCCUCUACAACCUGAGGGCUCUCUACCUGCAGUGGAACCGGAUCCGCUCCAUGAGUCAGGGCCUGACCUGGACCUGGACCUCCCUGCAGAAGCUGGACCUCUCCGGGAACGACCUCCAGGAGGUGGAUGCCGGGGUCUACCAGUGUCUGCCCAACCUCCAGACCCUCAACCUGGACUCCAACAAGCUGACCAACGUCUCUCAGGAGGCCGUGUCUACCUGGGUCUCCCUGACCUCCAUCAGCCUGGCGGGGAACGUGUGGGACUUGACACCGCGGUGGAGACGGCGCUCCGCUGCCUGCUGCUACGCUGCCAGCUACCAGGACAUGGAGAACAGCCCGCUCUGUGUCCCACACCAGAUGGGGCAGCUGGCGUUCUACCGGUACGAGCAGCCCAUCGUGGACUACUGCCAGGCCCACCAGCCUCUGCGGCUCAACAUGGGGUACGAGGGCCCCCCGCGGGGGCUGGAGGGCCUGGACGACCUGGGCCCCCCCCCGAGACAGGCCCCCAUCCAGACUGUGGCUCUGCCCGCCGUCCCCUCCGUGCCCACCGGGGGCGCCCCUCCGCCCGGGCCCCGCUCCCCGCCGCCGGCCCUCAGACCCCCCCUCGCCGAGGGCUCCGGAGGAACGUUCUCCCCCCCGGAGAGAACCACCACCACUCUCACCUUCAGACGCUAGCGGGCAGACACGGAGGGGGGCGGGGGGCGCCGGAGGCAGAGGCGCCGGGUCCACCAAGAGUCCUGGUUGGAGGGCAGGGGGAGGUGAGGGGUUGCUGAUGGAGGGAUUAUUUUCCGGAGC